CCAUUUUUCAAUUAAUCUAACCAAUCAAUAGAUAUAAUCUGUUUUGAUAAAAUUCAAGUGGCCAGUGUGUUGUCACCUGCAUGACCCACACUGAUAAGUUGUUUUAUACCUAAUACAAAUCUGCUCUGAUUUUACAAAUGUAUUUAAUAUUCUUAUUUGUAACCUUUUCCAUUUAUUUUUCACUUUCGACUGCGCAGAAUCCUGAAUACGAUUCUUGUGAUUUUUAUAGGAGGAAUGAAAGCCUUAAUAAGUUUUUGGAUACAGUUAUUUACAACGUGAAAAACAACGCACAGGGAUUGCCGCUAGAUGACUUUCCAUUAGUUAAUGAGACUGAACAUGUAGAUAAUACAACUUGGCUCAGUAAAAUCUUCACGAUGUAUAAAUUAUACAAUGGAAGCAUCUACAAUAUUACCACAAUAGGACGCUCUAAAGAUUCUUUUAUUUCAUAUAAAGGAAAUGUACUUCAAUUGGAUAUUGGAGUUAAUUUUAAAAGGAUCCAGAUCAAUUAUUACUUUGAAGCGAGUGGAUAUUACAAUUUUUUAUCACAGAAUCUUCUAACCGAGUCCAUUAUUAAUGAUUUAAAAGUAAAUUUUGAAGUGGCCAUGGACACAAAAGCUUUAAAUGCUUCGGUGACAAGCCUGGAUUUUGCUGAUACUGGGCCCAUGGUGAUAAAUUUAAAAGGGUCAGAGAUAUCAACUUGGAUCAUCCAACAGGUUUUGAAUAUCAGUACGACCUGGUUUGAAAAACGUAUUCUCAACGCUGUUAGUAAAACAAUAAUAAAGAUAGUGAAUGAAAUUUUCAAGGAGAUACUUCAAGGAAUCAAGGCUUGAUUUAAGGAUUGUACUAUAUUUACAGAAUAAAAACAAUUUCAGCCCUCCCAAA